UCCGUCCCGGUUCAAGAUGGCGGCGCGGCAGCGGCGGGCAGCGCGGUGGUGGUAGAGGCCGCGGCGGCGGUGGGAGGGAGCUGAGCCACCCCCGCCCCGCCUUGCCCCACCGGGCCGAGUGGUCUUUUUCAGUUCUUUUAUUUUGAAGCAGAAGAAAAAAAGUCAAAAUGGGGCGGAGAUCUACAUCAUCCACCAAGAGUGGGAAAUUCAUGAAUCCCACAGACCAAGCUCGAAAGGAAGCUCGGAAAAGGGAACUAAAAAAGAACAAAAAGCAACGAAUGAUGGUACGAGCGGCUGUACUGAAGAUGAAAGACCCAAAGCAGAUCAUCCGGGACAUGGAAAAAUUGGAUGAGAUGGAGUUUAACCCAGUGCAGCAGCCACAGCUUAAUGAAAAGGUGCUAAAGGAUAAACGCAAAAAGCUCCGUGAGACUUUUGAGCGUAUCUUACGGCUCUAUGAGAAGGAGAAUCCUGACAUCUAUAAAGAACUGCGCAAGUUGGAAGUGGAGUAUGAGCAGAAGAGAGCACAACUCAGCCAGUAUUUUGAUGCUGUCAAGAACGCUCAGCAUGUUGAAGUGGAAAGUAUCCCUUUACCUGACAUGCCUCAUGCUCCCUCCAACAUCCUUAUACAAGACAUUCCCCUUCCUGGGGCCCAGCCACCUUCUAUCCUCAAGAAAACAUCAGCCUAUGGACCACCGGUUCGAUCUAUUUCUAUGCUUCCCCCUCCUGGGCUUGGUGUUCCACGUUUACCUCCUGGCAGGAAGCCCCCAGGACCUCCUCCAGGGCCACCCCCACCACAAGUCCUACAGAUGUAUGGCCGUAAAGUGGGUUUUGCUUUGGAGAUGGCUCCUCGAAGGCGAGAGGAAGACGUUUCUUAUGGUUCUGAACCAGGACAGCGAGGGCAUGAUGAUGAUAUGUCCAGUACAAGUGAGGAUGAAGGCUAUCCUGAGGAUAUGGAUCAAGACAAGCAUGAUGAGAGUAGUGAUGAUAGUGACAGUGAUAGGUCAGAUGCAGACAGUGAAGGUGAUGACUUCCCACAUCGUGAUAAUGACAAGGAGAGGGAAGGCGGAGAAGAAAAGAAAUCAGGUCAUAGCGUACGGUUUGCAGACAUGCCUGGGAAAUCACGGAAGAAGAAAAAGAACAUGAAAGAACUGACUCCACUCCAGGCCAUGAUGUUACGAAUGGCAGGUCAGGAAAUCCCAGAAGAAGGGAGGGAAGUGGAAGAAUAUUCAGAAGAAGAGGAGGAGGAUGAAGAAGACUCAGAGUCUGAAGACACAUCGCAACAGCAGCAGCAGCAGCAGCAACAUAGUGAGGAAGCUCUUGCAGAGACUGGGUCGUCUACUGCAGCCUCAACACAGCAGCAAUCUUCGCAAGCCGUUGCUUCAAGUCAGAUACAGGCACCUCCUAUGCCUGGGCCACCUCCACUAGGACCACCUCCAGCCCCUCCAUUGAGGCCCCCAGGGCCACCCACUGGCCUCCCUCCUGGCCCUCCACCAGGAGCUCCUCCUUUCCUGAGACCUCCUGGUUUACCAGGACUGCGUGGGCCUUUACCUCGACUUCUACCACCAGGUCCCCCACCUGGGAGACCCCCAGGCCCUCCCCCCGGUCCCCCACCUGGUCUGCCCCCAGGCCCUCCUCCUCGUGGGCCCCCUCCUCGCUUGCCACCUCCUGCCCCACCAGGUAUCCCUCCUCCUCGCCCGGGCAUGUUGCGGCCACCUCUGGUGCCUCCAUUAGGACCUGCCCCGCCUGGGCUUUAUCCACCAGCUCCUCUUCCAAACCCGGGUGUUCUGAGUGCCCCACCCAGCUUGAUUCAGCGUCCCAAGGCGGAUGACACCAGUGCUGCCACUAUUGAGAAGAAGGCUACGGCUACUAUCAGUGCCAAGCCACAGAUCACUAACCCCAAGGCAGAAAUCACUCGCUUUGUGCCCACUGCCUUGCGAGUGCGUAGGGAGAAUAAAGGGGCAUUGGCUGCCUCCCAGAGAAAACAAGAUGAUGAGCCUGCUCUCCCAUUAACCAAAGCUGCCCCUAAGGCUGGAUCGUCUGCCCCUAUCUCUGUACAGACAAAGGAUGAUGUGUAUGAAGCCUUCAUGAAGGAAAUGGAAGGUCUUCUCUGACCUGUCCCAAUCAGCUUUCCUGCCCUCUGAGCACAGAUCAGGCCACCACAGAGGAAGAGGGAAAGGUCUUUCUGCCAGCAAUGGAAGGGCUCAUAUGACAGGGAAUGGUUCCCUACCCAUGGGUUAACUUGCCAGUACGAUCUGAAUAGAGGCUGCUGCAGGUGAGGUGCAGCCAGGUACUUCCUUUCAGAGCUCGCAUGUCCACUUGGAGCAAGGGAAUUACAGUCAGUAAGGCAACGCUGCUUCCCUUGAGUCCUCCCACUUCCUUGGAGGAGGUGACGGUGAUCUGUGGAGGGGGUGUAGGAGCUGUGGCUGUCUUUGCUCUUCCCGAAUCCUUUCACAUCCUGAAUGCUCUGGUGAGGGUAGUGGAGCCAAUUUUUAAGGAGCCAGAAAAACAUUAGCAGCAUUUCAUACACACAUGGUUUUAUUUUCUGUACUGUUCCUUUCUGUAAAUAUUUUAUAAUCCUGUUGUUUUUGUUUUUUUUUUUGUUUUUUUUUGUUUUUUGUUUUUUUUAGUUGCAGUGAGAUCAAUCAUCUUUAUUCCGGGUAGUCAGGGCGGUCAUUUGUUGCGUAUACUGUACACUGGAAUUUGGCACCCUGUCCCCUUAACCGUCAUCUUGAUGGCUUUUCAUUGGCAGGGGAACCUUCAUUUUGUCUUGUGAAAGACAAUAAAUAUUCAGUGUAUCAAAA